CGCUUCUAGAGGGUCUCCAGUACGUCUCGGAUGUUCGGGCCCUCCUGGCUCUACGAGGCGGCGAGGAUGGGCAGCAUAUGGCAUGACCUGGGGGAUAAAGGGGCGAAAUUCAUUGGGGACGAUGUGCUCAAAGAGAGGGAGCGUCGUCGACUGGAGUUCCGAGUGUGUAUUGUAUGGGUGUAGAUUAUGUGGGUGUGCUUCUUUGGUUUGGUAGAAAGCGUGGUAGGCAUUGCCAUAUUCGCGAUAUUCGCACAUUCAUGCCUCCGCCACCGGUUCUCAGCCGUUUGUGUGUCUGUCUGUAUGCUAAGCACGGUGAUGCUCCGCGCUCCAAGCUCGCGCCGUGUCAGCUACCGGGUAUGUACCACAGUAAUUGCAACUAGGUAUGUAAUUAACACUGAGACCCUUACAUUUCCAAGGAAUUCCCACGUCCCGAAAAAACCGGAGGAUCCCGCCCAUUAAUGGCUACGAAGUGGGGUCCUUGAGUAAUGCAUUUCCUCUUUCCGAUCCUUCCAGCUCUAUUCCUUGAACGUAGUACAUCCAUGGAGACUACGCGCAAGGAUGGGAGUUUUUGAACUACCUCGGCCAGGAGGUUGGCAGGACCAACUUCCAUGCCAAAGGGCAAUGGCAAGCAGGAGAGGCUCCAAGC